UAAAGGAGCUGGUGCCCGUCCAGGGAGAUGGUCCUGGGAGGCGUACAGAGGACAUGGCUCUGCUGCAAGAUGAGCUGCAGCGUUUCCCUUCGAGGCACACAGCAAAUCCAGCUCCUGCCUGCUCUGCCACCAGCUGCUUGGGGCCGGUGAUGGGAGGGGGAUGCACUCAUCCCGGAUCUGCCUCUUUUAGCAUCCUUCCCACUGCUGAAGGUACAAGUCUCAAGGUGGAGCCAGAAAUAGCGCGCGCUGCAUCGGGGCUGGCAGGCUGCAGGGUUUGGCAGGGGGACAGGCACCGACUGCAGCAGUGGGAACUUUCCAGCAGCUCUUGCAGGAGCAGCCGGUGCAGGGAUGGAGAUGUUUUGGGACAGACUCAGCCCGAGGACUGUGGCUCAGCCCCCUCCCCAGGACAAAGGCAUGGGGUCUCUGGCAAGCAAAUGCACCCUCAGCCUCUGCCUGAGUGAGCCGUGGGGAGCAGGGAUCACCCACAGCCCCAGCUGCACAGCGGGCUCAGGGCUUCACCCAGGAGGUUUCUCAUCCUCCAAGGGGUUCCUGAAUCCCAGCUGUGCUCUGCUGGGGCUGUUACCCAGCCCUGACCUUCUGCUGAGCUCUCUGCAGGUGCUGGCACAGCCCGGGACUCACCGCGAGGCCCUGGCCAAGGCCAGCAAGCUGAGCUCAUUCCUCACACCUGAUGAUUUGCUCAAAAAUACUUCUGAGGUCAGGCCUGCUCUGGGAACACACUGAGAGCCCACGAGGAGCUGCUGAGGCUGCAGCCACCACACACCCCGGUCCUCAGCUGAAAAGUCACCCCGAUGACUAGUGCUGGCGUCAGAGGGAUCCAGGCCAAAGAGCUGCCGUUUGAUCUCCUCCUUUGCUGGGGGAGGCCCAAUUUCAGGCCUUCGCAGGGUUUCCACCACUUCCCGGCUGUGGUUUCCUGCCCUGAUGUGAGCACAGGCAUUGCUGGGAGGUGAGUCACAGGCUGCAAUAAGAUCCACCUGGCUGCGUGCCGGAGGCUCCCUGGGCCUGAGGCAGCAUCCCUGGGCUGAGUUACUGAGGGGGUUCACAGUGUCCUGCUGCAGCCCCCUCCUCUUUUCUGGCUGAGAAGGAGAGGAAUUUGCUGCCAUGGUUCCCACAGCUCCCCUUGGCUUGCUGGGCUGGGAUCAGCGUGCUCUGGCCACCCCACCGGGCCUCCAGAGAGGAACUGGGGAAUGGAGAAAGGGCAACACUGGCUCCAGCUCUGCAGGGAGCUGCCUGCAGUGGCUGUCCCGUCCUGGUGCUGUGCCAGCCCCACUCACAAACCCCCACCAAAGCAGCCUGAAUGCACAGGGUGGCACCAAGGCCCUGGUUUUCUCCAGAGAGCAAUGCAGGGUUUGGCAGAGCUGAGAAAUGUUCCUCUCCAGUCACUGAAAUUCAACCUUCAAAGCUGGCUCCUGGUGUAAAGGAACCCCCCAGGCUUUCCUUGCUGCGCUUUACCAUUUUUUUACCCCUUAAAAGUGCAGAAUCUCCCUGAUGUCCCCAUCCCCAGCACUGCUGAAACCCCUCUGCUCAGCAAAUAACUGCAUCCUGGCCAGCCAGUGGGCCUGAGCCUGGAUAAGCCUUUUCAAAGGAGUUAAACCUGUUUAAAGCCUGACCCGCCCUCCUGAUCCUGCCAGGCUGAUAAUGAAAUGAUGAAGAGCUGCCAGGCUGCUCUCCCCGGGCUGUGGGGGAGGUUUCUGCCUCCUCUGUACAAGCCAGGAGCUGGGAUAUUAAUUACUCCCUAAGUAAACAGAAUCCCUUCUUUCUUCUCCUUUGCCUGGUUGUAAAAGCAGGUGUGACUGUCGGCCUGCAGAGAAAUCCCAGUCACUUCUUUAUCCAGGAGAAAGGUUGGUUGGUGCAGUGAUAACAGGCAGGAUAGAGCUCAGCCCUACCUGGGCUCCUGGGGCUCUGGUCCCAGCCCCACAGCUCUGCCAGACAGCCCUGCUGGGGCUCUCCCCACAGGGAUGAAGGUGAUGGCACUGAGGGAGAACCUCAAAAACACAAAAGCAAGGUGGUUCUGGGGCAGGAUGUGUGGUUGAGCCCCUCUGAGGGGUGCAGGGAGGUGCUGCUGCUGGGGUCUGCUGUGCUGGUGGGUACCCUGCAGUGCAAUAGGCUUGUGGCAUCUCAGCCUCGGGAGCUGAGAAAGGGAGGGGAGGUGACAAGGGCUGGAUCCAUCCCCUGCGGCUGGGGCGGCUCUGAGCAGCAGGAGUAAAGGGUGGUGCUGCAGGACCCAGAGGGAAAGCAGGGGCUGAGGACACUCAGAGAGGCCACACCAGAGGCUGGUGUGCUGAGCUGGCUCCAUGUGGGAAGGGGUUAAGCAGCCCUUCCUUCUCCUGCACACCCCAAGGAGGCAAGGGCUUCAAAAGAGGAGGGGAACAGCAAGUACCUUCUUCCAGAGCCAGAGAAGAAGCUGGGAAGGGUCUGGGCACCCUGCAGAGGUGCUGGGUCUGUGUCCUUCCCUCACUUGAGGCACUUUUCCCCUGCCUGGCUGCUGCUCUGGGGUUUGUCCCAUGGCCACGAGUGCCCAUGAGGGGGUUCCUGGGCCACCUGGCAAAGAGGUGCUGAAGGUUCAUCCCAUGCUGCAGGGUUAUUGCCAGCUUGAGGGUACAAUUAGCAUCACUUUUUGGUUUUGGAGUGAAUCCAGACAGAUGAUGCUGUUAGCUCUCCCCUCACCUUACAGCAAGGAUCUGUGAGUGGGGCUAGAAAAGCCCCUGCUGUGACAAGGCAGGGAGAAAGGACCUGUGGGGGACAUGGGGGCCUUGGAGAGGCACCUGCGCUCAGCAGGGACCACACAUGGCUUUGGUGGCAGCAAACUGCAAAUGUCUGGGAGAGCUGUCUGCUGCUACACUGGGUCUGCUCCCACAGCAAAGAGGGUAAUGGGUCUGCUGGGGAUGGCACGGGUUGCCCUCACAGACUUCUCUGGAGGUUUUCAAAACCCAUCUGGACACGUUCCUGUGCCCCCUGAUGGAGGGGAACCUGCUUUAUCAGGGGUUUUGGCUGGAUGAUCUUUAGAGGCCCUUACCAACCCCCACUAUUCUGGGAUUCUGUGACUUUCCUGGCUUGUACAAUCAGGUAAGUCACCGUGGAGUUGUCUGGAGCCAUCAUGAAGGGAGAUGUUGGGUAGGAUCCCAGGCAUGCUGCAGGGAGACAAAGCUUGCCUCUUGGUGCUCAGGAAGUGCAGCAGGAGCACAUGGAGAGGACACUCAUGUGUUUGCACCUCGUUUGCACUGAGGAUGCUGUAUCUUAACGAAGGCUGGAGAGCGAGAGCUUUUAAUGCAGCGCUCAGUGGAGGGGACUGGUGGCCGUGCUGGGGAUGAAAUCGAUGCCGUUUGCCUUCCCCGCGAUAGCAAGUGUGGUCCUUGGGCUGGAAAGGUCAGCGCAGGGCUCUCCAGACGGGCUGGGGACACAGCUCUUGUGCUCAGACGAGCCAGCGCCAUCCCCUGCGGGGAGGCCGAGACCUGGCCCCGGCCACGGAGCGCGGCCAGAGCGCCGCCGCCGCCAUGUUGGACGCGGGCAGGGAAGCCGCCGCAUUGAGGUCGCGCUUCGCACCGCCGGGCAGCAAGCGGGGAGGCGGCCGCGCCGUCAGCCGCAGCCGGGAAGCGGGCGGUGCGGCCCCACUGACGAGGGAGAGCUUGCGGCCUUCUCACGCCUCCUCCUCAGCUCCACGGGGGUUGCAUGACUCUUUGGCGAUGAACGCAGCCAGAAGUGGCUACCGGGUCUUCUCGGCCAACUCCACGGCAGCCUGCACCGAGCUGGCGAAGAGGAUCACGGAGCGUCUCGGUGCUGAGCUGGGGAAAUCUGUGGUGUACCAGGAAACCAAUGGAGAAACAAGAGUUGAGAUAAAAGAAUCUGUCCGGGGCCAGGACAUCUUCAUUAUCCAGACAAUCCCCAGAGAUGUGAACACUGCUGUCAUGGAGCUGCUGAUAAUGGCGUAUGCACUGAAGACUUCCUGUGCCAGGAACAUCAUUGGGGUCAUCCCCUACUUCCCCUACAGCAAACAGAGCAAAAUGAGGAAGAGAGGCUCUAUAGUCUGCAAGCUGCUGGCAUCGAUGCUCGCCAAGGCAGGUUUAACACACAUUAUCACCAUGGACCUUCAUCAAAAGGAAAUUCAAGGCUUCUUCAGCUUCCCAGUAGACAACCUGAGAGCAUCUCCUUUCUUGCUUCAGUAUAUACAGGAAGAAAUUCCAGAUUACAGGAACGCAGUUAUUGUAGCCAAGUCUCCUGAUGCAGCUAAAAGGGCUCAGUCUUACGCCGAGAGGCUGCGGCUGGGGCUGGCGGUGAUCCACGGGGAGGCGCAGUGCACAGAGCAGGACAUGGACGACGGGCGGCACUCCCCUCCGAUGGUCAAAAACGCAACCGUGCACCCUGGGCUGGAGCUGCCCUUGAUGAUGGCCAAGGAGAAACCACCAAUAACUGUGGUUGGAGAUGUUGGAGGAAGAAUUGCCAUCAUUGUGGAUGACAUCAUUGAUGAUGUGGAGAGCUUUGUAGCUGCUGCAGAGAUCCUGAAAGAGCGUGGAGCCUACAAGAUUUUUGUGAUGGCCACUCACGGGCUGCUGUCAGCGGAUGCGCCGCGGCUCAUCGAGGAGUCAUCCAUCGAUGAGGUGGUGGUGACCAACACCGUUCCUCACGAGGUGCAGAAGCUGCAGUGCCCCAAGAUAAAGACUGUGGACAUCAGUUUGAUUCUCUCUGAAGCCAUCAGACGGAUCCACAACGGCGAGUCCAUGGCCUAUCUCUUCCGUAACAUCACUGUGGAUGACUAGACCUGGUGCUGCCCCCGUCCUGCUGCCACAGAAGGGAAUGUGCAUGAAAAGGCAAUACCAUAAAUUAUAGGCAUAACACAACUGUUUGUUCUUCUAGGAGUGUGAAGGUUUUUCAGGGUCUUGAGCCAUGAGACAGAAAACAAAUCACCCUGAGCAGCACUUUACAGACGAGGCCACUGGCAGUGGGGAGGGGGGGCAUCUUCACUGAGAGAGAAAUGAGGUGCUGGUGUGUUUUAAAGUUCCUUUGGGUUUAUUUUUCCCUAGUGUUAUCUCUUGCCCUAGAGCUGGGGAAGGAAAAGCAAAAACAGGAGUAGCUGACAGUUUAUGAGAAGGAGAUAGAGCCUGUGUGAGGGCAGCAAGAGGAGAUGGCCUUGGGGUUUCUCAUCCCGACCGUGCUUCGCCUGAGGGUGCAGAAGGGAUCAGGCAGCCCAGGACAAGUCAGGCCUCUGGCUGCUGAGGGCAUGGCUGGGCAUGAGCAGCUCCUUGCCAAGGGAGUGGCCUCUCCUCUCUCUCACAGCAUCAAAUCUUCCCUCAGCCCUCAGCAGAACAGCAGAAAGAGCAGCUCAGGGCAAGCCCUUUGCAGGGCUCUGGCAUCCCAGUGCCAGGGCCUCAGGAACAAGCUCAUGUGUGUGUCUCCCAGCAGGGCAAGGAGUGCUGGGCAGUGUGCUGACCUUUGCAUUUCACGAGCCUCAGAUCAUUAUUGUUUUUCAGGGGCAAGUCACAGGAGGGUCUGGCUUCUCACUUGAACACUUGUCUGCACUGCACAACCAGACACAACCUGGGGAGUUGCCUGGGCCUGAGUUGUGACAGUCUGGGGGUGUGGGGAGUUGGAACAAUGUCUGCCUCUAAUGCAACUGUGCUCUCCAAAACACUAACAGAACCUGCAAUAAAAAGCAUAGGAUUUUU